AUGGAGUACGAUGUUGCUUCAAGUUCAACUGCGAUGGCUGCUAUUGCGAGACGUCGGAGAAAAAUUAUAUUGGAUCACCGGAGACGCAAACGUCAUGGUAAUCUCCCGGGUACACCUACUGUCAUGCAACCUCCAGUUUCCGGAACCAUCCAGAACGAUGAUUAUCUUACACAUGGAAGUAGUUCCAUAGGUGGAAACCUCCAAUCAAAUGGAACUCCUAUUUCUGCACAAUGUCAACCGUCGCAUUGUUCAAAUGUUCAUGCAAUGGCUAGGAAGGGGAGGAGGAUCAUAUUGUCGAACCGGAGGAAUGGCCCACAUCACCCAGAUAAAGAAAAUAUGCCCAACCUCGGCGAUGCUGUUCCUUCUACCAGCACGACACCGACAUCCUGUAAUCGACGACCUCUAACUGACAACCAAUCUAGCCAUUCUAACACAGCCCCUUCCAAUAGACAUGUACAAGGUGUACUACCUCAAAAAAGGACCAGACUUAGUCGUCAUGCUCCCAACAACCUACUCAAAGACUUUAACCAAGCGGACUUCCAAGUACGUAACACCGACGUGGCUUCUACAUCUAAUGCCAGUGCAAACCCUCUCAAUGUUACUCGAAUUGUUGACACCGCAGCUCAUGGAACUACUGAGGCACACUCUAGCUCCGAAGAUGAUAUCAACUUGGGUGAGAAUUCUGAUGAUGAUUAUGAUGGAGUCGAUAAUGAAUCCUUCGUAGAUGCCUAUCUAGAAGAAUACUCUGACAUAGGGGAUCGAGUUUGGGAAUGUCAGUUUUGUCAUGCAUAUAUGUGGUAUCAGGAAAGGAAACAAAAAUCACAAAAUACCACUGUUCCUAAGUUCCACAAGUGUUGUAAGAGCGGAAAAGUUGUACUACCGUUACUUGCGAGCCCCCCUCCACUGCUGCAACAUCUUCUACAUAGCGGUACCAGUUCCGAAAGCAAAAACUAUCAAAGCAAUCUUUGUACAUACAACGCCAUGUUUUCCUUCACCUCUCCGGGAAUGAAAUUCGACAAAACCGUUGCUGAUGGUAGAGGACCUCCUACAUUACGCUUGCAUGGUCAAACAUGUCAUCGAAUAGGGACGUUGAUACCAGAAGAUAGAAGCACUCCGCAGUACACUCAACUAUAUAUUUUUGACACCGACAAUGAAGUGGAUAACCGAAUUAAAUGUUUCAGUGACAGCAAUGUGGUCGACAGAGGUGUGGUUGUUAAGUUGAAGGAUAUGUUGGACGACUGCAAUCCACAUGCAAAGGCAUUUCGAAUGGCAAGGGAUCUAUUGAAAGGCAAUCCUUUCUUAGACUUGAAGAUACGGCUAAUUGGCGAUCAUCCCCAAGAUGGCCGUGUCUACAAUACACCCACUGUAUCGGAGGUUGCUGCUUUGAUUGUUGGGGAUAUUGAUCCUGAUACAACGCGAGAUAUCAUCAUCCACGGCCGCAAUGGUCAUUUGCAAUAA